GGAGGUAACUGAUUGUGCAGCCGCGGUGAUUUUAGUUUGAAGUUUGAAUUAUAAAAGUGCAGUACAGCACCGAUAUUUCCAUUCACAAGGGCUUUUGUUCUGUUUCUACUUGAACUGAUUUUUUCUCUCUCCCAAACACACACAUGGUGAGUCUUGUGCAAACCGCCAUUCUGGUGUUGUCAUUCUUGGUCUCAACGGCCAUGGCGGCUGAGGAAGCUUCAUCUACGAUUGCACCACCACCAAUAAUAUUGUUUCAACAGCCUGGGGACCAACCAUUCUCAGCAACAUCUCUCCUCGCUCCCAUCUUGAUCAACCUUGGCUUCCAAGAAUUCGCAAUGGCUGUUCAUGCUCUAUCUGCCGCGCCCGCCCUCAACACCUGGACUGGUCCUUCCACCAUCUUUGCACUCACCGACUCCUCCAUCCACUCCUGUCCUUCCUGCUCCAUCCCUCGGCUCCUCCAGGAACACACUGUUCCAGGCCUCUUUUCCUCUCACCACCUGCGCAAUUUAGCCUUUGGCACCAAGAUCGAGACCAGCUUCCCUGGCCGAUGCAUCACCGUCACCUCCGCUUCCAACAACUCCAAGAUCUUCAUCGAAGGUGUUGAAAUCACUCAUCCGGAUCUCUUCAACAACGGCUUCAUACUCGUUCAUGGCCUCGAUGGCUUUGCAUCUCACCUCUCUCCUUUCUCCUGCAAUGUCGAGAGAUUCGCCACUCUCUCCUUUUCGCCUCCUCAGCCCUCAGAUUCUCCACAGGUACCUCCUCCAUUUUCUGUGAUCCGCCUGAUGCUAAGUGACGCAAUGCUUCGCUUGCGUAUCAGUGGCUUUGGCAUACUCGCUCUGGCAAUGAGGGUGAAGUACGCCGAGCUCGUCCAACUCCAGAACAUGACGGUGUUCGCACUCGAUGAUGCCACCAUCUUCUCCGGUGGACGCGAGUAUAUCAGCAAUGUGAGGUUUCACAUUGUUCCGAACAUGCUGCUGAUGGCCGACGAUCUGAAUAAACUUCCGGUGAAGACGGUAUUGCCAACGCUGGAACAUGGCCAGACUCUGAAGGUGACCGACGGCGGAGGCGGAUCAAAUCCCAUGAGGAUCAAUUACGUUCGGCUCAAGAGCCCUGAUAUUGUGCACAACCUCAAGAUCGUGGUUCAUAGCUUGUUCUUGCCGUUCCCGCACCUUCAACCCCGAGUCGAGGGAACCGAAGGGCUGGAAUGGAAUGCAGCAGGACCAGAUGUGAUGGAAUCGAACGGUGAGAUGGUUGAUAUGGACCCAAUGCGGGAAAUCAUACCAACGGAUGAGAUCGAAAUCGAAGAUCAUCACGGUCUAUAAAGUCUGAUUUGGGAGGGGGGGUAUCCUUACAAAUUCUCAAUCCCGUAUCUCAACGAGUCGGUCAGUUAAGAGUCGGGUGCGAUAAAACAGCAGUCCAUUCAGUUUAGGUGCUCUACUAGGUAACACAUGCUAGUUACUGGUUACUUGGUACCUUUUCUUUAUUCUGAUUGUAGCAUUGUGCUUAGCCAUGGAAACAUCGUCUUUCUUCUCAGCAAGACAUGAGUAGUUAAACAU